AUGACUCCUUUGACCGGAGUUCGAGCAUCAAACAAGCAACUCACAGCUGCUACAGUCCCGCAAGUCGCCGUUUUCGUCGGUGCAACAGCAGGAAUUGGCAAGGCAGCCCUGACAGAGCUUAUCUCUACCGGCUUCCCUGUGAAGGCGUACAUAAUCGGUCGCGAUGAGGCAGCGUUCGAGCCUGCUCUGAGCGAGUUGAGGGCUUCAUACUCAUCUGCCAUAUUGGUAUUUCUUCAGGGGGAGAUCUCUUUGCUGGCCGAAGCCAAGCGCCUGACGAAUAUUAUCCUUAGGCGUGAGGGCUAUAUUGACUUGCUUUUCCUCUCGGCUGGCUUCCUCCCUUUCCUUGGACGGCAGGGUACGUCAGAACCAACCAAAAUCACAAUUUCUUUGCUCGUCCAUGUUCAGCUCAAACAGCUUAUCCAUCCAACCAAGAUUGUUUGGCUGCUGAUAACUUUUACACCAAUUGCAGAAUCUACAGAAGGCGUUGAGCUAUCCACAGCCGUGGCGUACUACAGCCGACAGAUUUUCAUCCGCCGUCUCCUUCCCCUCCUCCGGGCCAAAGCCAAAACGACUCAGUCCCAACAUGAUGCGUCUUUCCGGCCGCGGAUCGUGAACGUACUCGCUGCGGGUGCUGAAACGAGUACCGAAAACCUAUUCCUCGACGACCUGCAGCUCAAGCAGGACGGCCAUUUCAGUGUCCCUAGCUAUGCGGGGCAUGUUGCUACCAUGACCUCCGUCAGCCUCAGGCGGUUAUCCGAGGAGGCAGAAAACAAGAAUAUCGUGGUGAUACACCACCACCCUGGCCUGGUGUAUACUGAGAUCUUCAAGAAAAGCUGGGGCGAUCAAUGGGACAGCAGCAGAGAACAUGCUAGACCCCCUGCCCCGGAUGAUAUUGAGCGCUCGACUCCUGCUGAAGCUGGGGAGCGCGCGCUUUACCUGAUGACGAGUGCUAAGUAUGGUGGGGUGGGUGUUCCAAUGGGGGAGGGGGAGGCUGCUGGGCUGACUGUUCGCGGGACGAGGGAUGGGUCUCUCCUAUGUGUGGGCGAUAAGCUAGAGACAUUGAGCAGCGUUUCUCGGAUUCUUGACUCUCUUGAAGACAGCGGGGCUGCUGAGACGAUCUGGAGUUAUACUGACAAGGUCAUUGGGGGUUACUUGUAA